AUCUAAGGACCGAUUUCACCGUUGUGUUAAACGAAGUUUAAAAUGACAUUUUUACAUUAACAAUGUCAUUUUAAUAUCCGUUUAACACAACGGUGGAAUCGGUCCUAACCUAAUUAAUAAUAAUAAUGAUGAUCCAAAGCGGACAAGAAAUGUUUUUGCAACGUGGCAAAUCUACUUCCUUUUAACAGCUCGCCAACCAACAUAUUGUUAUAAAUAAUGAUUCCCCUACAAGCAUCUUUCAGAAGAAUUUACUACAGGUUGACAAUUCCUACAAAGUGAAGAAUUAAUCAUGUGCUGAAUUACGUAUCGAAUAUGUCCGAUAAAAGGACACCAGAAACACCAUCGAGCUCUGGGAGUGAUACUUCAAAACCGGGAUGUAAAACUGAAGAGCGGUUGAUGGUGGCAGUAAGAAUCAGACCAUUGAAGUCCGAUGAAUCAUCUAAAGUUUUAUAUGCUUUAAACAAAAAGACUAUCGUGUCUGAAGACACGGAUAAAUCAGAUGCCAUUAGACAAAAAAAAGGAAACGAAAAACAAUAUUCAUUCGAUGUAGUUUUUGGAGAGGAUUCUACACAAGAGGAAGUGUACAAAGUUACCACAAAAAAUUUAAUUACGGAUAUUCUUAAUGGGUACAAUGGUACUGUAUUUGCGUAUGGAGCAACAGGAGCUGGCAAAACACAUACGAUGGUAGGUACUAGAUCUGAACCUGGAAUAAUGAUACGGGCCCUCAACGAUCUUUUUGAAGCAGUUAAGGAUAAAGAGGAUGAAUAUUCGGUAACGAUGUCUUACCUAGAAAUAUAUAAUGAACAAAUUAGAGACCUACUUAAUCCAUCAUCAGGAUAUUUAGAACUUAGAGAAGACUCCAAAGGAAAAAACAUUCAAGUUGCUGGUCUUUCUGAAAUAUCUACUAACAGUACAGAUGAAGUAAUGCAACUUCUUCACAAAGGCAAUAAAGCUCGUACAAUCGAACCAACGGCAAUGAAUCAAACUUCAUCAAGAAGCCACGCUCUACUUAGCGUGAUGGUACGCCACUCGAUUCCAAUUGAUGAAAAAGACCAUCUUCGAAUUCGGAUCAAGCAAGGGCGGCUUUUUAUGAUAGACUUGGCAGGAUCGGAGAGAGCAAAUAAGACGAAAAAUAGCGGCAAACGAUUACAAGAGGGAGCCCACAUAAAUAGGUCAUUAUUGGCUCUUGGUAAUUGUAUCAAUGCUUUGAGCGGCGGAGCACGGUAUGUAAAUUACAGAGAUUCUAAAUUAACAAGACUUCUGAAAGAAGCUUUAAGUGGCAACUGUAAAACUGUAAUGAUCGCACAUGUUUCACCUACGGCAGCUCAAAAAGACGAAUCUAGAAAUACAUUAAUAUAUGCCGAUCGAGCCAAUAAUAUCACAAAUAAAAUCGAAAGAAACGUUUUAGACGUAUCUUAUCAUGUCACGCAAUACCAAACAGUUAUCAGUGAAUUAAGAGAUGAAAUAUCUCGGCUUCAAUAUAAAAUGAAAGAAGAAAGACCAAGAUCUGCUGACGCUAAAAAACUAAAUUCAGAAGAGAGAAGAAAGGAAGUCCAACAAUUAAGAGAACAAAUUGUGGAAACAUUUAAAACGCAGAUGAAAUUAAGAAGGAAAUUGAUGGAAAUAGAUUCUCACUUGCUAAGUUUAGGAAUGGAAUCGGAAAGACAGCAUAUGAUAAUAUCACAUUGGGAAUCUAGAAAUAAUAAGUUAUACAAAAAUAGUUUAAAUGAAUCAAGAGCUAGAACUCAACAAAGCAUGAGGAGAAAAAUCCACACUGCAGAUGGUUUUCGGUCAGCUGGAUAUGAACAAGAAGAAAUUUCAGAAACUGAUACCGAAGAAGGGGAAUUAGCCAUUCAACAAGCCUGGGUCGAAUUAGCAGACAUUGAAAGAGAACAAGAGCGUUGGUCUGAACUGCGAAGUCAUAUUGAACAAAAACUUGAAGUUUGUAGACAGCGAGGUGUUUCUUUAGAAGAUAAACUUCCUACAUUACUGUCUUCAGAUGAUGAAAGAGAAAUUCUAGCAUUGAUGUGCAGAGUUCAUGAAUUAGAAGCAGACAAAAUGGCAUUACAAUCGGAGAGGCUUGUUCGACAACACGAACUUAGAAGAAGAGACUUGCUUAUUUUGAGAUAUGAUAGGCAAAGACAACUAUGUGAGGAAAUUAUAACUAGGCAGAGACAAAUUAUGGAAGAGAAAAAAAUGGUUUUGCCCCAAGACUUACAAGAUUUAUAUCAACUUUACCAACAAGAAAUACAUGCUGCAACUUACACAGAUUUCGGAGUACCUCAAACAGCAUCGACACUGACACCCGACGUAUUACCACCUAUAGGAAAAAUACGGAUUCCAACCACUGAUUUAAGUAGUAGCGAUGUAAGUGGCAUUUCACCUCCAUCAUCUGCUGAAUCAGGUGAUUCGAGUGUGGACCGUGUUAUGGGUCAUCCAAUUUCCAGACAUGGAUUUAGUAAAUUACCCCCGCUUCCUCCAAGUCCGCCAGUCAGAUCAAAGAAAACAGGAUCUAGUUCAUUGAGAAGAACAAUCAGCGACAUGCAUCUUAGUGGUUCAGAAGAAGGAACA